UAUCCAAGAUAAGAAAAAUGUUGUCCAGAGAUUACUGAUCUUUGAAAGUAAUUGGGGCGGUGCUAUUGGUAAAGAGAUGGAUAACAUUUUCAAGAUGGAUGCCAAUAUGGGCAAAAGCACUGAGGAAAGAUGCCCUAUUG